AUGGCAUCCAAGACCUUUUAUUUCAUUACAUUUACUUCUCUCCACCUCCUCCCUUAUCUAUUCCAUUCAAUCUCAGCCCACCCAACUGUCCAAGAGCAAUCACCAUUUCAGUUUAUCAAGCAUGUUCAAGGAUGCAAGAAAGGUGACAACAUGAAAGGCAUCCAUAGCCUCAAAAAACACCUCCAUCGUUUUGGAUACUUAGAACAUAAACAUGCUAUUAAUAGUACUAAAGAUACCGGUGAUCAUUUUGACGAACACGUUGAGAUUGCCAUCAAAACCUACCAGAUCAAUUUCAAUUUAAAGCCCACCGGAGUCUUAGAUCCUGAAACAGUAGCACAGAUGAUCAUGCCGCGAUGCGGCGUGCCGGAUAUCAUAGAUGGUAAAACCAGAAUGAAAGCUGCAGGUACGUACAAUAUUAAGUACGCAUUCUUUAAUGGAUCGCCUAAGUGGCCAUUAUUUAAGAAAGUACUUAAUUGGGGACUUCGACCCGGUAUCCGGAGAGAUGUCAUUAGCCCCCUUGUAGAAUUUGCUUUUCUGUCAUGGAGUGGUGUGACACCUUUUGCGUAUAAUUUCGUCGAUGAAAACCUUACUGUUGCGGAUAUCAAAAUUGGUUUUACUAGUCGGAGUGCGGGAGAUCAAAUUUUAGAUGGGCCUGGAGGUCAAUUGGCAUAUGCAAAUCCACCAACAGCUGGAACUUUUUAUUAUGAUUCUGAUGAAAAAUGGUCCGAUGGUCCAGUCCCGGGAGCCUAUGACAUGGGGUCAGUUGGAUUGCAUGAAUUGGGACAUGUUCUGGGGCUUGCCCAUUCCUCCGUUGAGAAUGCUGCAAUGUGGCCAUCUCUCAAAUCCGGCAUUACCAAGGGUUUGGCAGCUGAUGAUAUCCAAGGAAUGAAAACUUUAUAUGGCAGUUAA